CAUCUUGUUGCCACACGCUCAGUUGCCCGUGCGACAAAAAACGUGCUCAACACGCUGCUUUUUGUUUGCCCUCUAAGUUUGCAACGCAGAAGGUCUAGAACUACUUGACUCGUUCAUCUUCAUGUGGCCUUUGUGCGCGUUGGAGCUUCGUAGCCUAGUUAUCUUAGCUUAGCUUAGCUUGCGAGCACAGAACAACGUGGUUCGACGCUUCAACUUCAAGUUGGAGCCUUCGAAAGUGAGCAAAAUGCGCGCAAGAAGGACGCCAGCCGCAGUGUUCGAGGCGGAACUUUGUAGCGCAAAAGAUCAGCGAAGUCAUCAGCUCUCGACUGCUUGCAAAACACAAGUAAAAGCUCUUCCUCGCAGACUAGCAGAUGUUAGCCAAGCGCAUCUUCUUGACCACCAUGAGUCUACAUGUAUCAAGGUAGAGGAGAAAGAGUCACCAUGCAUCAAGGAGGAGGAGAGAGAGUUCAUAUACCUUAAAGAUCUCUAUGUCAGCCAAGCCCAUUGUCUUGAGCACCAGAAGUCUGCAUGCAUCAAGGAUGAUGAGGAAGAGUCACCAUACAUCAAGGAGGAGGAAGAGUUGGUUCACAUUCAAGGUUUCAGAAAAUAUCUUGGUGCUGAGCAGCAGGAGCCAGAAUCUCAUGGCGUUAAAGAGGAUGUUGAGCUCCCCCAAAUAAAAGAGGAGGAGGAGCCAGAGCCCUGUCAACAGAAGGGGAGAGAAGGUGAACUUCAAAUCAAACAGGAGGAGGAGGAGGAGCUUUACGUUAAAGAGGAGGAAGGUGUCGCCAGGUCGACUGGUGAGUCCAUGAAGAGUAAAGAUGGUCUGAGAGCGGCGGGAACAGGGGCGCUGGAGCCUCCAAGCGGCAGCAACAGCACUACAACAGAAGGAUUGCAAGCAGACAUUUUCAUCGCUCGGUCAGACAGAAAUGGCGCCACGUCACACUCGCCUUACAAUGAUGAUGGUCAUAAGAAAUCUCACGGUGACGAAGAACUCUGCAAAUGCUCUCAGUGUGAGAAAACCUUUGCUAAUGAGAAAACUUGUUGUAUGGAAAUGAGGAGCCACACUGGUGAAAAACCUUUUUCCUGCUCAGUUUGUGGUCAAAGAUUCUGUCAGAAGCUCACCUUAAAACGACACACAAGAACCCACACUGGCGAAAAACCUUCUUCCUGCUCUGUUUGUGGUGAGAGAUUCAGACACAAGGGCGAAUUAAAAAUACACACAAGAACCCACACUGGCGAAAAACUUUUUUCCUGCUCAGUUUGUGGUCAAGAAUUCACUCACAAGCAAAACUUAAAAAAGCACGAAGGAACCCACACUGGUGAAAAACCUUUUUCCUGCUCAGUUUGUGAUCAAAGGUUCGCUCAGAAGCAACACUUAAAAAGCCACGAAAGAACCCAUACUGGUGAAAAACCUUUUCCUUGCACUGUUUGUGGUCAGAGAUUCAGACACAAGAGCGACUUAAAAGUACACACAAGAACCCACACUGGCGAAAAACCUUUUUCCUGCUCAGAUUGUGGUCAAGAAUUCACUCAGAAGCAAAACUUAAAAAAGCACGAAGGAACCCACAUUGGUGAAAAACCUUUUUCCUGCUCAGUUUGUGAUCAAAGGUUUGCUCAGAAGCAACACUUAAAAAGUCACGAAAGAACCCAUACUGGUGAAAAACCUUUUCCGUGCUCUGUUUGUGGUCAGAGAUUCAGACACAAGAGCAACUUAAAAAAACACACAAGAACCCACACUGGCGAAAAACCUUUUUCCUGCUCAGUUUGUGGUAAAAAAUUCAAUCACAAGAGCAACUUAAAACGACACACAAGAACCCACACUGGCGAAAAACCUUUUUCCUGCUCAGUUUGUGAUCAAAGGUUCGUUCAGAAGCAACACUUAAAAAAUCACGAAAGUACCCAUACAGGUGAAAAACCUUUUUCCUGCUCUGUUUGUCGUCAGAGAUUCAGACACAAGAGGAACUUAAAAAUACACACAAGAACCCCCACUAACGAAAAACCUUUUUCCUGCUCAGUUUGUGGUCAAGAAUUCACUCAGAAGUGAUACUUAAAGUACGAAAGAACCCACACUGGCGAAAAACCUUUUUCCUGCUCAGUUUGUGGUCAGAGAUUCGCUCGAAAGGAGGGGAUGAAGAGACACGUGUGUGUUGGUGUGAGAAGCAGUGGCCAGUGACUGUUUUGCCUGUCAUCCAUGCUGGCGUCAUCAGAUUUUGCACAAAGGAGGAUUGUAUUCUAUAGAGCUUCCUUAAAUCCUGUUAAGGAUUGGCACUUUUGGUGCCUUGCUUUGUCCAAUCGUUGUAUGAUGUGAAUCCACCAUAUUGCCAAAACCUCAACUACGUAUUUGAACUCUCAAGUCAAACAUUUAUAUAAUACUCUCCUUCUUUGAAAUUACACUUUUCACAAUUAAUACUUGAGUCAGAACACCCCAUAUCCAAAAAGUCAAAAUUACAGUAAUGUCAUUAAAUAAACAUGGAAAAUUAGAAUAUACAGUGGUACCUCUAGAUACGACGUUAAUUGAUUCCAGGACCUUUUUUGUAAGUUGAAAUGGUCUUGUGUGUCGAGCAGGAUUUUCCCAUAAGAAUACAUUAUAAUUCCAUUAAUUCGCUCCACAGCCGGAAAACCUACACUAAAUCCCUCAUAAUUACUGCUUGUACUAUUCCAAACAGCAAUUAUGCAGAUAAAAACAAAUUAUGAAUACAAAUUGGAAUAAAAGAUGUAAUAAUAAUACCUGUAACAGUGUAACAAAUUGGGUUUUAAUGUGGUGAAUGUCUUUGCGUGAUUGACAUGAACGCAUUGCAUAGCCGACUUGACAAAGAGCCUUUUUAAUUUCAGUCGGUUUACUUGCUGCGGGGACACUAGGCAUGUUGUGUUGUGUGGAUUUAUUGGAAUUUAGAAACCUGACAAAGCUGGCGAUUUCUUUGGCGAUGUGACCACUAUAAUAAUUGUCACCAGAAUUUAUAAAGACUGGCGUACAUCGGAGGACCGCCGAGAUCAUAGUCUAUGGCCGUAUUGUUGAGCCAUAUCACGGAUGCGCACCCCAUGCUCAUAUUUUUCUAUCACAGCCAUCUUCAUUUCAAUGGUAAGCACCACCUUUUUCCUUUUUUCACCACCUGCACUGACAUUAUUGGAACCCAUGUUCAUUUCUCGCACAAGAAAUUCUGCCGUGUGUCCUUCCUGCGGGAAAACAACCUGCGGUGCUGUCAUACAUCAUCGUAUUUAGGGCAUUUCGUUGGAUGUAGAAACAAAGAGCGAGUCAAAUUUUACGUCGGGUGUCAAAAAGAUUGUCGAGUUACCACUGUAUUGUUCAUUAUUGCGAAAAAAAAUAAAAUAAAAUACUCGCUCACAAAUUAGUUUAUUGUGGGGGGGGGAAUAAUGUAUAUGUAAUUUUUAAAAAUUUAGCUACGCAUGAUUUAGAGAUUUCACAACUGAGUAUGAAGGGGAAAAUUGUGUUGGGGAGAAAAAAAAUGUUGGUAUAUUAUUUUUGUUAAAAAUAUCUAAUGAAAUAAAACAUUCGCAAGUUGUAGAUAUCAGGGUAGCAGAUGUCAGGCAGAGAGGGCAAAGACAGCGGGUCGAAAAAUAUCGAUUUAGGCAUCAAAUAUGGAUCUGGCGAAUGGAUAGACUGAAGCUUUUCCACAUAACGCCUUUUAUGCAACGCAUCCAAUGAGUUUACCGCGUCAGAAAGCAUCGGGGCUUCCAUGAAUUGCACUAUAAAUUGCACGACAAAUUGAAACCAUUGAGAAUACGGAUAAACACUGACGGACAAUAUGGCGGCCGGAUACAGCGACACGUCAUUCUGUGACGUUGGUGAGUAGGGUCUAUACAGAAACGGGUGUCUGCUUCGCUGAAUGUAAACAAAUAUGGAGCUUUGCUCUCAUUCAAGAAAUUUAAACUUUUCCAGCGCUAUUUCGUUGUGUAUUGCAUUUAUAAUAAUCAUAAAAAUAUGUAGACUAUUUAAAGCUGUAGUGUGAACUAAUUUCUUCACAUGCCAAAUAGGGUCACAAGUAAAGUAAUUAAACAUUGUCCACCAAAUAAAGCAUGAAAAAAUAAUUUAUAUGUUGUAUAUUUGACAAAAUAAUCGCGUUUCCGAAGUUCGAGCCUGAAAGGGGACGAACCCGGAAGUGAUACAUCACACCGGGAACAGCGUUGGCAGCUCCAUACAUACGGCCGCCAUACAAAGCCCUUCAAACAAUGAUUCAAACAGCGAUAUAAGCAAUAGACCGAGCGCAAGGGAGGAGAUCCAAGUUUUUGAAGAGUUGGAGGAAGAAGAGGACCUUGGAAUUUUAUGUUGGAUCUAACAUGUAUUAGCCAGACGCUAAUCAGAAUGCAAACACUUGCCACGUUUACAUGGAGCCAAAUAUUCCAAUUACAAUCGGAAUAUUUGUUCAAACCGAAUAAAUGUGUUCCAUAUAAACACCUCAUUCGGAAUGAACAGGCCCAAACCGAAUGGAAUUUCAUUCCGAUUCACAGGGGUGGAAUAUUCCUUUUCCCAAACCGAUUAGAAGUAAAAUUAUAUCAUGUAAACAGGGAAGCGGAAUGGUGUCUGGUUGCGUUCUUUCUGCGCAUGCUCCGUACUGACGUGGUGACGUCACUUGGUGACGUAAGUAACGUCACUUGCAACAUGGCUUCCAAGCACACGCACAGCGCACCCACAGAACUUUUUAAAUGAACGGCGUAUCAUUCUGAAGUUUUGUUUCAACUCGAACAGUUAAAACAGCAGCUGAUCUGAUGAUCGAUCUCCAUGUUUUGCAACGUGACGCUUUGUUUUGAUUAAUCUGCGCAUGUCAGACGGCAGUUGUCAAACGUCCUUUCGGAAUAAAGGCAGUCACAAAAAAUAAAUAAUCAGACUUCAUGUUCAUUUUGGCAGAUACGGCAGCUCUCGUGCAUAUAAAAUAAUAAUAUAAAAACGUUGGGGGGGGGGAAAGGAGAUGAGUCUUCGAUGGCUUUCUCCACUUUAUUGUGGCAACAAUAAGAAAACAAAAUAGCGGACAGCCGCCACAUUCGACCGCGAAGUUUUGCUUCUCGCCGAUCUCCUCCUCGCCUCCCACUCCAGCGUCUCUUAAACGGAUUGUGCAUAGUGUCUUCUUAUGAGCUUUUUGUUUACAAAUGUAUCGAACACACGACGCGCUGACAACUUUGUCUCUUUAUUAACACAUGGAGCAGUUCUUAUGGAAAAGUUAGAACACAGCUCGGCACAGCUCUCGGCAGGAAUUGGCGUCUAAUGGCGUGAGGAAAUGUAGUUUUUUCACGCAAGUGAACAGAUUACAAAGCACCACUUCAGUGUUGUCCCGAGAUUUCCCAUGAUUCACUGCGUGACCUGCGCGCUCGCUGAUUCGCUGCGAGAUUGACUCAAUGGCUACGCUAAACCAACACGCUAUUUUUCAGCUGUCACCUGUCAGCGGCUCUCAUAAAACACAAACUAGAAGCCUAUCAUGCGAUCACCGUGAACGCUGAACCGUCCAUAAGCAAUGCAAUGCUUGAAGCAUGAAGGUGGAAAUACAUUAUACAAAUACAAAUAAAUGUGCACAAACUAACCGGUGGUGUGUGUCUCUUACAGUAACGUGACCGUGAAUUACCGCGACGCCGACCCGUUUAUAUGCACAUCCACCCCGUUUCCCGAUUGGCAGUGGAUUAACCCUUUCGGACAUGAUCGUAGAUGACGCACAAUUUGAACACGCUUAAUCUAGCGAAUGCAACAACAACUAUGAUCGGGGAUUUCCACGAGUUAACUUUUGGCUAAUGUCGCUAGCUUACUGUAUACUGUUCAAUUCCACAACAGUAGGCAGCUAUGCUUUGACAAAGUCAUCAGUCAUCUAUCCAAAAAUCACUCUUAAUUUUUGGCAAAUCCUUGAUCAUAAGCAGAUCGGUUAAGGAAGCAGGCAUCUUUGAAGUGUUUGCAGCAGAGAACACUACUCGAUGAUGGCGUGAAAUUCAUUCGCUUCGUGCGAACGAAAGAUGUCCAUUUACGUGCCCUGCUAUCCUUUGGCCACUCAUACAACUUUUCGUUUGAGCGAGAACAAAACAUCGCCACACACCGCUGUGGCAUCUUACCGAGAAGCAAUGCAACAAACAAUACUGUUCUAUGGUGGACUUCCCUCGCAUGUCUAGGUGUGACGCAAAAAAAGAUUGCCGAAGAAAAGCAUUUUCGUUGUCAAGGGCGUUGCUAUGGGUUAAACAAAGAAUCUGGAAGGGUUGCGUUAAAAAAAAUAAUGAAAAUAUGAUUAUAAUUGUUUAGCCAUUGAUAUUAUUCAAAAACAUGGUUGGCCAACCUUACUUCAAAGUUUUCCUUUAAACAUUGAGAAAACUUGCGUUUUUUUCCGCCAACUCGAAGAGAUUAAAUGUCAAAUCCACUGAUAAACAGACACACAAAUAUAAAAGCUUCUCGCCCGGACCCGUUGGAUAUUGCGGCAAGGUAAAAUUGUUAACUUCUUAAAGCUAAAAGUUUGAGUCUUCAUAAAUCAUUCAAUCGUAUCGUUCGAUCAAUUCCUGCGCUUGUAAUGGUGUCUAUAACACAAAUAUUCGCUUAAUUUCUUGAUAACUGACUUCAGAUAGUCCUCGAUAUUUCACCGCCUCGUAGAAUGCAGUUACUUGAGGUAGCUCUAACUGCGGAAGGGCUAACUAGCGCCUUUCACACAGGGCUUUGCUAGUAAAGUUAGCGAACGGCAGUUGGGAUCUGAAUUGUCGGCAGUUGGCGUUGUGACGAGUUGUUUAAGGCCGCUUGUUAACGAAAAAAAAUAAAUAAUCAUGAGCAAUGAGGUAACUAGAGUGAUGAACUAGUGCCUUCCAUUCAAGUCAUGUUCGGGGCUUUGUAAAGUUCUGAAUGGUCACCAGUUAUUUUUUGACAACGAGUUAUUUGAGGCCCCUCUAUACUCUCCGAUAAUUACAGAAAGGGAAGAGUUUUUCCUUGUUGUGGAGGUAGUUUCAUUUGUUUAGCCAUUGAGAGUUCAUCAAACCGGAGAGCUCCGCUACAGGUCGCAGUUAAAAGUACCCCCAUUCCCGCGCUGUUCGCACACGUCCCCGUUCUUACAACAGCCGACAGAGGUACUUGAUGCCCUAUCAAUCGAAGUUAAGGACCAUGGGACUAAUGGCUUUGGUUGAAUGUAAGUAAAGUUAUGAUCACUACAGUUAAUGCUUUUGAAGACUUGUAAUUUUUUGUAAUUUUUUUCUAUCUAUCUAUCUAUCCAACACAUAAUAGUUAAGUGAAUGGAAAUUAUACUGUACCUGUAAAUUCAUAUUUUAUGCUGUACAACUGUUCUCUGCUUAAAGCAUAUGGGACAUACUGUAUAUUUUAUAAUUUAGAUUUUGUAUAAUUUGCUACUUAAUGCGUCUUAUAUGUUCUGAUUUCAGGAUGAGAGAUUUAGGGGCCGUUUACAUGGUGACUCUCUGAGAAUACGAACAAUUUCAAAUUUGCAUUUGCAUUUGCGUCUCCAUUUGAACAAUGUCGCAAUUCAGCAUGAAAACGAUGUAGUAUUCAUGCCAAGCCCUAGGGGGCAGUGCAGAUUUACCGGGCGACAGAUAAUGAUGCACUUUGACCCCAACAAGCUCCUUCUAGUGACGGGAUCUGUCGUUCACUUGAGUAAACGAAUCCAUUCCGGUUCGUUCAGUAAAAAGAUUCGUUCAAACAAAUCGUUCAACGAAUCGUUCGCCCCCCCCAUCUCCCUCCCCGCCCAAACGAAUCGUUCGGUUACUGAACGGGAAGUGACGUUGCCGAACGAAUCACCAAAGACCGCUUCGCAGUAUAACUGAACGGGAAGUGACAUUGCUUGGCCCCUCCCUGUCUUGCACACAGGCACCGCUCGUCGUAGUUUCAGAAAUGAGUGACAGGCGGUAUCAUUCUGCUUUCACAGACAGCCUCGUCUCCCUCCUGCUGCUGCAAAAGCGAGGGAGAACUUCCGCGUCGUCUGUCCUAGUUCUAUGGGCUCAAAGUCAUGGCUCGUGCUUGCAUUUCGAUUUAGGACACGGUUAAACAUUUUCCUUUUGUGAGGGGAGUAGGGGUCGGGGUCGCACGGACUUUCUUUAGCAGGUUCUUGAUCACAUAUACAAUGCUGCUGCUACCAGCCAACGCAGCAUGCUUGCUGUCACGAAAAUAAAAAUACAUCGAAAGUUUAAUUUCUAAAUAUGGAACGACCAACACAUCAUAUUUACAUCUCGCUCUGUUGUAUUUUUGUUUUUUAGUAUUAAGAUGAUCGUAUUGAAUUUUUGCACUGGUAUUAAUGAAUAAAAUAAUACGGUCAGCUCCCCUGUCGUCCCCGCAUCUCAGAUCGUCAAAUGCUGACGAGAAAUAAUUGUUUGCUCUUUACGAUGUCGCCUUUCUACUCUCAUUAGUCUGUUAAGAAAAAUGUAGACAUAUUGCGACAUCUCCCGUCUCCGCGUGCGUUGUUUUUGAGCGCAUGAGUAGCACAUGAUGGACGGAUUGACAUAAUUUGUCAAACCAACCAACACCCGACACGCUCUGACACGAAAAAAAUUAAUAAAUAAAACACUUGGAAAAAAAUUGACAUGUAUAUACAGUUUCAUUGCAAAUCAGUAUUAUGGUGAUCAUACUAAAUAUUUUUUUUCUGUGCACAUAUGAGGUAAAUAUCGCUGCCAUGAAGCCUCCAUAUAGUGACAGUUCUCUGCCCGCUUCACUGCCGUCACGCGACCGCAGCUCAGCUUUUGCUUGCCUCGUAGCUACCCGUGUUUUAAAUUACUGUAAAUUUGAUAGUAUGUCGUCAUAGGCAGUCACGAGUUGUUGAGAAAAGUACUACUCUAAACCACGCUAGAUUUGUGUGGUGUUUUUGUCUGUUUGAGCAGCAUUUGAUAGGCUCCACGUUAACAAAUAUGUGACAAAGUCAUUUCCUUUCAUUUUCUGAUUCGUUCACCGCAGUCAUUACUGUAAAAUCAAGUUAGCAGCAAGCUAGGUCAGGAACCGGAGGACCGAGUCACUGAACGGGAAGUGACAAAACUCAGUCUUGCCCCCCUGCCUGCACGCUGGCUGCUUAUUGGCCACACAUGGACGUGAGUGACAGACGACCUGAUUCUGUUUCCGCUCCCUCCCCUGCCCGCGAUGAGGCUGGCGUCUGAUUGGUCGUGUGCGAUGUCAGAAGACGCUGCCGCUUGCUCAACGCCCUCCCACGCAGCGAACAAGCACCACCUUCAUAGAACGAAUCAGUGCAGAUGGUGAUUAGUUCGGUCUCGUUCACCCAAACAAUUCGUUCAAAAAGAACGAAUCGUUCGCGACCGAUACAACACUAACGUGUACGAGUGCUGUUAACAGCGCGGUCUCGCGCGUUUAUAUGCAUGCCGAAAAAGCCCCCCUCAACACCCCGUAAUUGGAUUCUUUCACUUUUGAGGCAGGAUUCAGAAUUUUUCGUUUUCGCCUUCCGUCUUCGCCGGCACCAUAUGCACGCGAGGCGAGUCCGCAACUCAGUCAUUGCAUCUUUGUGUCGCAGAGUCGUCAUGUAAACUGGCCUUUAGACUUGUAUAUGUUAAAUUAUUAUGUACUGUGUUUAAUUCGAGAUGUCUCUGGUUGCACUAUGAAAUGCACUUUUCCGCGCAUGCCAUGUGUCCAUGUUACUUUGUCACCUUUUUCACCCCUAACCAGUUUGCAUGCCUGAAACAUACAAACAUCCUGCUUCAUGUGGUGAUGCACAUACGAUAAAUUAUUCCUAACUGUAAACGUACCAAAUCUUAUUGUCCUGAGAGCAGGCUUUAUUUAUUUUCAUGGACAUAAGUAAACAGGCAUAUUGACGUAUUCACAAAUCUCUUGAUCUGUAAUUCUGCCAACAGACCAGUCGCGCUCUACUCGCUGAAGCAUUGUUGGAUUUCACAGUGAGGGGGGAUUUUAAUUCCUCAUAACUCCGCAUGGUUAUUGCGCAUUCCUCCUCCGUGAAGUAAGGUGCUCGUGCCAUUGUCACAAGUAGUGUUUGACUGUGGUUUCCGCCCCCUUUCAUGUGAACGCGCAGUAACUCUGAUUGGGUUGACACUAGGGGUGUGGAAAAUAAUCGAUAUGGAUUGUGGUCGAGAUAAAAAGGUGCGCGAUGCGAGUGUAUCGAUUCAUUCAGUGUACAUCUGUGCAAAGACGGCGUAAAAUCAAGAUUCAUUUGUUCGUUGUGUGAUGUAUCGGUAGUCUUCAACAUUGUAUCGAUAUUUUCCACGUCUUACUGCAUUCUCUCCUUUUUUCCGAGGUGUCUUGAAUGCACCAUCAGCUAGUGCUACAAGUUAACAUGGCGAAGGGGAGCAGCAGUGGCGCUGAAGCAGAUCAGAUUUUAAAUGCACCCUCAAAGUUCAAAUCCAUCAUUUGGCAGUACUAUGGAUUUUACAUGAAAGAUUGCAGACUUGACAAGACUCAUGUGUAAAGAAUGCCGCGCUUCUAUACCUUACAACGCCAGCACAACAAACAUGGGAACUCACUUGAAUUGACAGCAUGGUAUCGACGUCGCGAAAAUGACAGAGCGGGGGCUAAAAACAAGACUGGCGAGAAGGACGAGAAGAUAACUGAUUAUUAUGGCAAGAACAGUAAAGCUACUACUUUUACUUUUACUACGAGCUCUACCCGUGCUAAAGAGAUAACUGAGGCCUGUGCAUUUUUCAUCUGCAAAGACAUCCAGUCUUAUAAUGUUGUUGAAGGAGAAGGCUUCAAUGUCUCAUGAAGGUAUAGAACCCAGAUACAAAAUACCAGAUAGGUCGACUUUCACAGAAGCCAUAGUCCCUGCUCUGUAUAAAAAAGUAAAAACGGAAAUAACUGCGUCGCUGCGCAAUGCUGACAGAGUUGCAAUUACAGCUCAUGGCUGGACGUCAUGCGCCACUCAAUCAUACAUGACAGUGACAGCACACUAUAUAGACCCUACUUACCUACGUCACAAAAUGGGCGUGUCGCUGUUUCCGGCCGCCAUAUUGUACCUAUUUUUUAGACCUAUUCUCAUUGUUUUCAAUUAGUCGAGCAAGUUAUAGAGCAAUUCAUGGAAGCCCCGGUGUUAUCUGACGCUGUAAACUCAUUGGAUGCGUUGCAUAAACGGCGUUACGUGGAAAAGCUUCAGUUUAUCCAUUGGCCAGAUCCGUAUUUGAUGCCUAAAUCGAUGUUUUUUGACCGGCUGCCUUCGCCGUCUCUGCCUGACCCUGAUAUUUACAACUAUCUUGUCCACACAAAAUCAGCCUAUUCUCACGAAAGUUUGAAAAACUUUAAGAGCUUGGAGGCUUAUAAAUGCUACGUUGCUGGUUGGGUGAAACAGGUCCUCGUACACGAAAAUUCGGGAGGAAUCUUGUGCUCGGAAGGUGAGUUACGAAAUUUUCAAUUCAAAAUCUUUUGUUCUUGCUAACAUCCACUGUCAAGUCUAAUGUAUUUCAUGUCAUUUGUCAAUGGAGCUAGGGCUUUUAAUGUUUAUAUGGUUUAGCAAUAGCACUCUCACUACAUACAUAUAUAAUAUGUAAUAAAUAUGAAGUGCGAUAGCACUACUCCAGAUUGUCCCUAGUUGAAUUUAUUUUUUGGCUUUUGACCUCAAUAGUGAAAUUGUAAAUUAAUUGUAUGACAACUGUCUGAUUAUCCCCUUAUAAUUAUAUAUUUUCAGGUAUUUCAUUCACAACGUCUGAGUGUAUGUUGUCGGCGAUUAGCCUAGCAAUGAUCUUAAUUGUGGUUGUCAGCCCAAAACCCUCUAAAUAUAUAUUAAAUGCAUCUUACCAGAUAUAAAAUGACUACUACAUAAUCUGUGGUAGUCGUUUGGAGCCCAGUUUUCUCGUCGAAUUGCAGCAGUCAAUCUCGGUCUCCUCUUCGGGUCUCUCGGAAUACAGGAAAACUUCCAAGUCUCUCCGUCUAUCUUCUCUGUUUUUGCAACCGACCGCCAAACACGACUUCACCAUUUUGAUUAUUAAUGUUAACGAGCAGAAAAACACGCCAUAAUAGGAGGAAUUUACGAAGCGCUAAUGCAUUAACAUGACGAGUAUACGGACAACGUGGCGCGGGGGCGUGGCUGUGACGUCACGUGAGUAGGGUCUAGGUAUGUGCCGGUAUGAGAUUUUCACGGUACGAUAACCGUGAGCAAAAAUACCGCGGCAUCACGGUAUUGCAAUUAUAGCUCCAAAAUUUUGAGACGUAUGGGUUUAAAAAAAAAAAAAAUUAAAUCCAUUGAAUAGGAUUUUUUCAAAACAUAUUUGCAAAUUGGAACAUGAAUAUAAUGUGAAAAUAAAUAAAUUAAAAAAUAACAAAUAUUAUAUAAAAUUAAAAUAAAUAGAACCUAGACUAUACCCACAGCCACAGCUCAAGUUGCUCAAUAUUAGAGUAAGAACAAAAUAAUUGCUAUAAAAAGUAAAAACACUUCUAAAUAAAAUUAAAAAUAUAUACUGUAUGACUUUUUUUUGAGGGGGGAAGCUCAAGUGAAGUUUCGCCAUUUUCAGCCACUGUGUCAACUCUAGUCUACAUGAUGCCAUGCCUUUGUGUUAAAAAGAACAAAGAAUUCAUAAGUUAAUAAGUUAUUUAAAAAUGUAUGAGUUAGUUUUAUAAAUUAGUUAAAAUGUAAAUAUUGUUGAGGAAAGGUUUCAUCUAAAAAAAAAAAAAAAAGUGAGGAGUGAGACCUCCUUUCUCAAUUAGCGAUCUUUGACGCGAUUCUUUUUCUUUCCCCCCUUCAUUCAAGCUUUUCUCUCACUCAGCGGCUGUGAGACAUAAAAAAAGCUGCUCUCCCAGUUUAGCCUAGGCUAACAUUCGUCUUUGUAAGUUUUAGUUAGUUUGUAUAUUGAAUUUGAAAGGAAAAUGUGUGUUUUGUUUUUGGCGAACUUUUUAAUGGUGCUACUGCUAUCCUGUUGAACCUAAUCACACGUGGAAAAAUACAAUUGUACAACGUUUUAAAUGUAUUUAUUUAUAUAUUUCACCACGAUUUGAGAGCUCAAUAAAUUGAAGAAAAGUACGCCUUGUGUUUGGAGGAUUUGUUUUUGGGUUUGCUGGCUGUUUAGUGACACUCACGGCAACAAACGGGAAGGGGUGAGCGGUGCCGCACCAAGCCACUUCGGCUGCAUUUUGGCACAUGAAAAAUAGCGAAUACCGUACUAAGGUAUGACGGAAAAUUUUAGUGGUUUUGAAACCGCGACGUUUUCACACCACGGUAAACCGUGAAACCGGUAACCGGCACAUGUCUAGUAGGGUCUAUUGAUAAGGAGUGUUGUUUUUGUAUUAUUAUUUAUUUUCAUAUUACUAUUUGACUGACACUGACAGACAUAUAUGGACAUUGUAAACAAAACACUCAGAGGAGAGUUCUCAGUUUACAGCAGAUGAAGCAAGAUGAGCAGAUUUACAGCAGAUGUCACUCACUGCUAAGUUGUUUGUAUUCUUCUUUUCACAAGCAGUUGUGAGUUGUUAAAUUGUGAAAUUUAAAUUGUGAAAGGUCAUUAUUUAUUGUUUUUCAUAUUACUAUUUGAGAUAUGGAUGGACAUUGCACUUAAGACACUCAUGCCACUUCCAAGUUGUUUGUGGUUUUCUUUGCACAAGCAGUUGUGUGUAUUUCAUAUUAGGUUUUGUCUGGCAGA